CUUAUCGCCUCUGUUCCAAUUCUCUUAAAUUACUAAUUUUCAAAUAUUCAAAUAAUAAUUUAAUUCCUCGUAUUUUUAUUAUUAUAAACAAUAAAUAUCCACAGUUCCAGUGAUUGAUUGAUAUAUGUAUUGUAACAUUACACGAAGGUUAUCAACAUCAAUGCGAAAUGUUUUUUUAAAUUAGUACAUUCCAAUAUAUUGCGCUAAAACGUGUUAUAUUAUAAAAAUAUUAAUGAAGUUAUUCUGUAAUAAGACUUCGUCGUAUAGAAAUCACAGAAGUCUUAAAUUAAUUUUCUAUGAGAAAUGUAUCACAAUAAUUAUCUGAGAACAUAACAAGUUGCUCAUAGUUCGGAUAAUUAACUUUGGGAGACAAAAUGGAAACCGAUGACGAGGUAUAUAAAGAUAAUAUGGAUGACCUACACCAUAUGAAUUGUGACACCACCCUCGAUGGAGCUAUGGGGAGCAGCUCCAAUGAUAUCGGCGAUAUGACCUUUUGCAUGGGGAACUAUAUUUCUGAUUUUAUGAAGAUGUUGUUCACGAUGAGAUCUCAUCAAAUGCUUACCGACGUGAUAUUGGAAGUGGGCAAUGAGCUGUUCCACGUUCAUAAAGUUGUGCUAGCGGCGGGUAGUCCCUACUUCAAGGCGAUGUUUACAAGCGGGUUGAAAGAGAGUGAAAUGUCUAGGGUGCGGCUGCAGGGGGUAUGUCCCUCGGCGAUGGCGUGGCUAGUGUACUUCAUGUAUACGGGCAAAGUGAGGAUCACAGAGGUCACCGUCUGCCAGUUGCUGCCAGCUGCUACUAUGUUUCAGAUAUCGAACGUAAUAGAGGCUUGCUGCGCGUUCUUGGAGCGCCAACUGGACCCGUCCAACGCGAUUGGUAUCGCCAACUUCGCGGAGCAACAUGGCUGCUGUGAGCUCAGACAGAAAGCUAACACGUUUAUCGAGAGGCAUUUUACGCAGGUAUGUCAAGAGGAGGAAUUCCUGCAACUGACCGCACCCGAGCUUAUCUCUCUCAUACGCAAAGAUGAACUGAACGUUGGCGAGGAAAGGGAAGUUUACAACGCAGUCUUGAGUUGGGUCAAAUACGACGAGGAUCGGCGGCAUGCACGUAUGGAGCACAUUUUAAAAGCGGUGCGAUGUCAGUACCUUACGCCAAACUUCCUGAAGGAGCAAAUGCGUACCUGUACUGUACUAGAGAAAGUUCCCGCUUGUAGGGAAUAUUUAGCUAAAAUAUUUAAGGAUCUCACACUGCAUAAAAAGCCUGUAGUAAAAGAACGGCGGCCUAACACGCCUCGUAUCAUAUACGUGGCGGGCGGCUACUUCAGACAUUCCAUAGAUGUGUUCGAAGCGUUCAAUUUGGACGAUAACUGUUGGACGACGCUACCAACGCUCACCGUGCCGCGGUCUGGGCUUGGUGCAGCAUUUCUCAAGGGCCUGUUCUACGCGGUGGGAGGGCGCAACACUUCGCCGGGCUCAUCGUACGACAGCGACUGGGUCGAUGUGUACAAUCCCGCUCUCGAACUUUGGCGCCCAUGUAGUCCCAUGUCUACGCCCAGGCAUAGGGUUGGAGUAGCUGUGAUGGACGGGUUAUUAUAUGCGGUUGGUGGGUCAUCUGGAUCGGAAUACCAUAAAUCCGUUGAAUGCUACGACCCGGAGCGCGACUCGUGGACGACCGUGGCGUCGAUGCGCAGCGCGCGGCUGGGCGUGGGCGUGGCCGUCGUGAACCGGCUGCUGUACGCGGUGGGCGGCCUGGACCGCGCGCGCCGCACCUCCUCCGCCGAGUGCUACCACCCCGAGAACAACCGCUGGACAGACGUCGCGCCCAUGCGGGUCGCGCGCAGCGGCGCCGGCGUGGCGGCUCUGAACCAGUACAUCUACGUGGUGGGCGGGUACGACGGCGCCGAGCAGCUGAGUCUGGUGGAGCGGUACGACACCGAGCGCGACGUGUGGGACGCCGUCGCCUCCAUGCGGGUCGCACGCUCCGCACUCUCGCUCGCCGUACUCGACAAUAAGCUAUAUGCAAUUGGUGGUUACGACGGCACGGCGUUCCUGGACAUAGUCGAAGUGUACGAUCCAACAACGAAUAUAUGGAGCGACGGCACGCCUCUGCCGUCGGCGCGGUCCGGGCACGCGUCCGCCGUGUGCUACCAGCACGUGCCGCUGCCCGCCGACGCGCAGCCGGACGCGGCCCCGGCCGUCCUGAAGCGCGUCUCGAAGAGGCCCCCGGGGCCCGGCGCGGGGCCCGGCGCGGGGCCCGGCGGGGGCGCGAGCGCGAGUGCGGGGCCCAGCCCGCAGCCGCCGCCCUCCACCGCGCCCCACCCCGCCCCCGCGCCAGGGCCCUCCGCCUCCUACCACGACAUCCCCAUGGCCAACAACAUCAUAGGCACGUUGUCCAAUCACAACACCUCCUUAUAGCGAUCGCUCGUGACCGUGUGAUAUACCAGUGACUCUAAUGGUGAAGUGAUAUUGUGUUCUAUUCUGUUAUUCAAAAUUAUGAAAUGGAACGAGCUACGAUUGACCGCCCAUUCCCACCGGAAUACAUAUAGUAAACCGUGUUUGCAAUUUGUACUUCAUUGUAUAGACAUUUACGGAAGCAAUGAACAUGUUUUUACAUGUAUAUCAAUGUUAGAGAAUCGUAAGGUGAUUCCGGUGAUUUAGCCAUAUUGUUCCUAAGUCUUAAUAUUUGUUAUUAUAUUAAGUAUUGUUGUAUUUUAUUUUCUUUGCAUUCUAUCUCGAAAUCGUGAUAUCAAAUAUAAAAUAUUGUGUAGGUUAAUAAUUAAUAUACACUGAAAGUAUGUGCUUCCCUUAAGUUCGGCAUCAUUGUCUGUUAUACGUGUUAUUAGUUUAAUUAAUUUUAUUAAAAUAAAAUUAAUUAAACUAAUAACACGUAUUUGGUACAUUUUUGGUUAAAAACAUUGUUUAUAGCGUAGUAUCUUUUCCCACUAUUAUUCUCUUAUUUCAAAUUUUAUAUUAUCAAAAAAAGAAAGAAAUAUAAUGAAUACUGGAAGGCAUAUGAUAGAGUAGCAUAUAGACAUCAUAACAAACAGACAAAGUUACUUUCGCAUUUAUAAUAUUAAGACAAAUUAAUAAAAUUAAAAUGUAGCUAGUACUAAUCUUAAGGGAGGUGCUCACUUAAUCAACUAGUUAUAUUACAAAUUUGUUAAGCAUUAUCUAUUACUUAGUUUAUAAAACCAAAUUCUAGCCACGGAAUUAUUAACUUGUAACAAAAUUAAACCAAUGUGCAAAAAAUAUAUUUUUAUUCUUAUAAAAUAAGAAUUAAAAUAUUUAUUUACUUUUCAGAGGAAUAAGCAUAAGACUAAAUGUACAGAAACUAAACUGGCACCAAUGUUUUUUAAUUAGCAAGCAUAUUUAUUACUAGAUUUGUUUACGUUGUGGUAAAGUACUGAAACAUUACUGAAUAAUCAUCUCAUGAGCAACUAAUUGAUGUUAAAGACUAAUUUGACUUGAAUAAUAAUGUGACGACUACCAUAAGAAUUUAUUUCAAUUAUCAAAAUAUAGCUUCAGUGUGUAUAUUAUGUUUUCUUUAGUAUUCAAAUAAAAAACUGGUAGCCGUAAUUCUGAGAAAUAUUCUAUACCAUUUAAUUUUUUUUAAAGAGUAACUGAUUGUUUUAAUAGCUUAUUAUGAACUUAUAUUACUUUGCGGUAUUGUACUAAUUCCGUUACAAGUUAUGUACUCACAUUACAAGGUCUUAUAAAAUCAAGGAAAUGAAGCCUAUUAUAAAUAAUCUUAUCGACUGAUUCUCUAGUCUAUAUAAAAAAUAACACCCCUCACAUUAUACAUGUACAUUUAUGUGAUGAAUUGAAAAUAUUUCAUUGUUUUAUUUCUUUAAUUGAAUUUUCAUUCUUUAUAUAUACAUGCAGAGAAAAACAUUAAUAACAGUAAAGGUUUGUUUGUUUUGUCUUUAAGUUUACUCCAAUUACGUUAUAGGGUUAACCCUGUAACGGCUUGUAAGUGAUAUCGAAGUGUAUACUCAUAUACUAUAUUGAAUAUUUUACAAUGCCGAGUUAUAUUGAUACAUGUAUUCAAAGAGCAUUUAAAUACAUUGUAUAUACAUUUAAAGACAA